UGUCAGCUCGCGUCGGUCGCACGGAGAUGGCAGACGACCUGGGAGACGAGUGGUGGGAGAACCAGCCGGCCGCCGCCAGCAGCCCAGAACCAUCCGGUGGCAAGGAAGGAGAAGACACAGAAAUGAUGCAGCGGGACACAGCCCCAGUUCCUGAGCCAUCAUCAGAGGAAACCAAACAGCCUACAGAGUGUUUCUUGACAAAACCCAAGGAAACAAAAGAGGAAACCCGGAAGACCAGGAAGUGGAAAAAGAAGAAAAUUUCUGAGAUUCUUGCAAAAUCAGAGCCCAAACCAGGGACCCCUGGAGACCUUCAGCAGCUCAUCAAGAACCAUUACAGGGACAAUCGUUCCGUGAUUGAGUUGGAAGAGCUGAACCUACCAGACUCCUGUUUCCUCAAGGCCAAUGAUCUGACUCACAGUCUCUCUUCAUACCUAAAAGAAAUCUGUCCUAAGUGGGUAAAACUUCGGAAAACCCACAGCGAAAAGAAAUCAGUCCUGAUGCUGAUCAUGUGUAGCUCUGCCGUCCGAGCCCUGGAGCUCAUCAGGUCACUGACAGCAUUCAAAGGAGAUGCCAAAAUUAUGAAAUUAUUCGCAAAACACAUAAAGAUCCGGGAGCAGGUGAAGUUGCUGGAGAACCGUGUGAUACACCUGGGUGUGGGGACUCCAGGGAGAAUCAAAGAGCUUGUCAAACAAGAUGGCCUUAAUUUGAACCCCUUAAAGUUUCUGAUCUUCGACUGGAACUGGAGAGAUCAGAAACUAAGGAGAAUGAUGGACAUUCCCGAGAUAAGAAAGGAAGUGUUUGAGCUUCUGGAUAUGGGAGUGUUAAGCCUCUGCAAGUCAGAGUCCUUGAAGCUGGGCCUUUUCUAAGCCUGGGUCCUGAUGCAGUGUCCAGUUGUCAACGUGCUGCAAGUGCUUAGUAGCUACCUACUGUGGUGUAAUUAUGUCAAGUGCAUCACCCAGUGGGUCACUGGGAAGACAUCUGGGGAUUCCUUUGACAGCUAUGAAUGUGUCCUUUGGCUCAUGCCUUCAUUCAAUA